GGUUUCUUGGCUCGGGGUUUUGUGGGGUGGAGAACGGAUUCGGUUGACCAGGGAAGACAGGUUGGAGGAGGAGCAGGUAUAUAAGAAGAGAGUUUGUCUGGUGAUAUCACAGUCUCUCUUUCGUCUCCAGUUAUGAAGCAUCUGGUAUCACUACUGCUGGCGCUGACGGUGCCGUGGGUGGCGCGCGCCGCCCCGGGUUCCUUAGGCCGGCGUCCCGCUGAGUUAUAUGGCCAGGGCCCCACCAUUGGGUAUGACUACUCACCCCCUAUCUACACACCACCCUCCACCGACACCUACCCACCACCCCCCGUCAACACCUAUGACACUCUGCACGAUGUGAGAGGGUGUCGGGACGGCGAGGUGCUGCGUGUGGACGGCGUGUGCCAGCAACCGGAGGUCACCAAGACUGUGUUUGUGUUCGAGGCGCCGCAGAGACCCCAAACCUACCAGCCCCCACCCAUCAUCCCCAAGCCCAAGGUCCACAAAGAACUGAUCUUCAUCCGCCCGCCUGAGCAAGAGCGCCCGGCGCCCCCUGUGGUGCUGCCUGCCCCGCAGAAGCAGAGCACCAUCUUCUUACUGUCCAAGAAGCAGGAACAGGAACAGCAGGUGAUCCAGCUGCCGCCCGGACCGAACCACACGCCCAAUGUGUACUUCGUGCACUACGAGGACGGCGAGAACCCCAUCCUCCCUGACGGUACUGACCUCCACAGCGCCCUCGGCCAAGCCGGCUUGGACAUCAACCACCUGGAACAAGGUGGAGGCUUCGCAGGCGAUGUUACUGUUCACGGCGGCGGCGGUGGUGUCUUCGGAGGCGAUGUCACUGUUCACGGCGGCGGAGGCGGUGUCUUCGGAGGCGAUGUCACUGUUCACGGUGGCGGCGCCGGCAUCGGCAGCUUCGGCGUGCCGGAUAUCACCGUGGCGGGAGACAUAGGCGUGGUGGACGGAGGCUAUGGCGGCAACCCAGGCCAUGAUGUGAUCGUGGAUACCGGCUACGGCAACACGGACCCUCACCACUACUAGAUGUGCCACGAGCUGAGGUCACCGCCCCUCCCUCACCCACUUGUUCGUUGUUGUUAUUUUGUUAUGUAGAAUUUCUCUGAAUAUCACCAGCGUCCUGUUCCCUCACCCAUUCCCUCCCUUCACCCUGGAGUACUCCCCUCACUUCCCUUUCGAGUCUCACGAGUUGUUAGAUUUCGUAGGUUACCAAAGUAUUGAUGCCUUAUGAGUAUUUGUGUGUGUGUGUGUGUGUGUGUGUGUGUGUGUGUGUGUGUGUGUGUGUGUGUGUGUGUGUGUGUGUGUGUGUGUGUGUGUGUGUGUGUGUGUGUGUGUGUGUGUACGCUCUAGUCUUGUUGUAAUGCCACAAAAUGGUGUCAAUAAAUUCUGUUCACUUAA